UUUUUUUUUAAAAAAAAAAAAAAUGAAAAAAAAAUUUUUUUUCUAGAAAGAGCAUGUACCCCAACGAGUCUGCGCUAUGUGGCCAUUGGUAUUAUCUGGGAUAGUUUCGCAAGUGGAAUCUUUUUUUCUCUAUUUUUCGUUUUCUAUUUUUCUUUCUUUAUUUUUCCUUUCUUUCCUUUUUCAUAAUAAAAGAGAAAAGGAAAAAAGGAGAGAGAGGGAAGCCAUCCGCUCCCAUUUACCUUUCGUUGUGCUAAUUCUGAUCAGGGUAAUAUCUAAGUAUGCCCCUCAAGACUGGGUAUGUUUGGACAACGAAUAUGGUAAGUAGGACGCAAUAAUUGAG